CCGGGCACAGAACGGCAAAACUCAGGCUAUUAAUGUCACUUCAUACGAUUUGGAGUUGACCCACAGGUGUGUGAGUCCAUACCGCUUCAGAGAGUACCUGUGGGGUGAAGCUGUAGGUGGCGAGAGAACUCCAGACCAGGCACGAGGAGAGGGACAGGGCAGGCUUUGGGACAGGUGCAGAGGGAGGGACUCAAACUGGACACACCGCCAUUGUACGAGUCCCUGCUCGGUGCUGUUUCGAUUUUCCUAUUCUUCCAGUACAGAGGAUUCGGAUGCUAUUGCGCUCCAUAAGCCAUAAUGAUGAUGUCUGAAGAGAAUCUGGUGGAGUGUAAGCUUGAUGAUGAUGAUGAUGAUGAUGAUGAUGCUGAUUAUGAGGAAGAAGAGGAGGAGUCACAACUGCAAACUCCACCCCCACCUCCAGAGUUCUCCACCCCCUCUCCCUACCCCUCCCUGUCCCAUCUGGAGUCCCGGGACCCAUACGGAAUCAACAAACACAUACAGGUGGAGUUCAGCGACGUGCUGGCAGAGCCUGCCUCCCCGCACAGCUGCGACCGGGUGUGGGUGUACAGCAGCAUCGGUUUCGAGUCGGCGCGCGUCUGGGGCUAUCGCUGCCUCACCCUGCUGCUGGCUGUGCCGGUCUCUCUCCUCUCCGGCUGCCUGUUCGCCUGGCUCGCCUGCCUGCACAUCUGGUGUGUGAUGCCCUGUGUGCAGGUGUUUCAUUCCUGUUUGCCCUGGGUUCGCACUCUGUGGCUCAGUGUGGUCAACAUCUUCAUAUCCCCGUUGUGUGAAUCCGUCUCACGCUGCGGAGCCGGACUGUACGUCAGACUGUCCAAGGAGUGAGGGGGGGGUGUGCCCUCUCUCCCUCCCUCCAUCCAGCAGGACGCUGCGUCUGUGGACCCAACCGCUGCGUCUGUGGACCCAACCGCUGCAUCUGUGGACCCAACCGCUGCGUCUGUGGACCCAACCGCUGCAUCUGUGGACCCAACCGGAGACAAAGUCUUUCCAAAAUUCACAUGGAACAAAGGACUGUGCAGAACUUUAACACAUGAAAACAAAGCCUUACGAACAUAUCAUCACAGAUUCUGACUAGCUAAUGAUUUGUGUACUUUGGGUGUUGUAAGAGAAUGGCUGUUGCAUGUGUAAUGUAUUUUUGCCAGCUGCUGGCUCUCAUAUUGAGUAUUUCAACAAAGUCCAAUUUAUACUAGUAGGUAGGUGUUCUUUUAGAACUGUGGGUGCAUGAUAGUAUACUAGAAAAACCUAAAUAAGUCUUCUAGCACAUGCAUUCUUAAGAACACAGCAGCUUGGAGAAGUAAGCAAGUACUUUUUUUAGUUUAAGGACAGAUUUAAUGGCUCUUGACCUAAUCACACACUCGUACUUGCACCCUGCCUGUUUUUAAAUAUAUACUGUAAUGUAAAUCUAAUGCAUUGA